ACCUCAAAUUUAUCAAGGAUUAUAAUUUAUAAUCCUUGCAAAUUUAUAACCUAUGACAUUUUAUAGGUUAUAAUUUUCCUGUAGUUGAAUUCGAAAAUAAAUAAUUUACUGCCUAUGAACAUGUGGGUUUUCGGCUAUGGAUCGUUGAUUUGGAAAGUGGACUUCCCUUACGAAAUAAAAACCGCGGGAUAUAUUAAGGGGUAUUUGCGGAAGUUCUACCAGCACAGCACCGACCAUCGUGGCACUCCGGAAAAUCCCGGUAGAGUUGUUACACUUAUUCCCGAUUCAGAAGAUAGUUGUGUUUGGGGAGUAGCCUAUAAGAUUCCGGAUAAGUGUGUCGAUCAGGUUAUCAAGCAUUUAAAUAUACGAGAGAAGGGAGGAUAUACUUGCAAGAAACUAACGUUCUUUCCUCUGUCUGGCAACUCGCCUUUUGACAUUCUAGUUUACGUGGGACUAGAGGAUAAUCAAAAUUUUGCCGGUGCAGCUGACGAUGACAGUAUUGCCUUGCAGAUAGUAAAUGCUGUCGGACCCAGUGGUACUAAUGUCGAUUAUCUUCUCAAUCUGGCAAAGUCGAUACGAGAAAUUGUUCCCAUGGUAGAUGACGAGCAUUUAUUUAGUCUGGAAGAGAAAGUAUUAAAGCUACUACAAACACAAAGAAAAAUGAAGUAACUAGUAAAGGUUGUGAUAAGUUUUGUUUGAUCAGUAUUAUACACUGCGAUUAUAAUGAAAGGACCAAGUUCAUUUACCGCGUUUUGCUUUAAAAAUGUUAUAUACAUGUGUCUCGAGUAGGAAGUAUGAUUUCGGCAUUUUUUUUAAUGGAAUAUCCUGUACAUUGUGGCAGUUUACAAUUCUACGAGACAUUCUGAAUCAUAUAACAUACCAUAGCUUUUUUUUGUAAAUAAAUGCAGUCCUUUUGUCAUGAAAGCGAUGUAUACUAUUUGUCCAUUGUGAUAACACUUAAGUAGCUAGUAUUCCUACAUGCGGUAUCACAUGUAUAUCUUAGUGUCAGUGUUGUGCAGUAUGUAGCUCGAUUGGUUUAUAAUAUAUAAAUUAUGUAGAGCUAUAUAUGACAACACUGUACUGAGCAUAAUAUUCCAUUAUGUUUUACCCUUAGUGAAAUGCUUAAACAUGUGCCUUGUGUACAAUGCUUUCAGGGUUUAAAUGCUGUGUAUAUAGCGAAGCUAUGCAUAUACAUGGUGUUCUUAGUCCCUGUUACCUUAUGUCAACAUUCCAAAGCUUUUGGUGCUGUUGGUGAGUCAAAUUUAGUUAAAAUGUUAAUGUAUUUUUAUAAAUAAAAUUUUU